AUGAGUCGCUUUUCUCUCGAGGCCUGGCGCCGCUUUGGCCCCAAAAACAUCAUCAGGCGCCUUCGCCUCAAGAUCCGCAGCAGCAGCAGCAGCAGCAGCAGCAUCACAAGCUUAAGCCGGGAAGAGAAGCUGCAGUAUCUGCUGCGCAGGUUAAGGCCCUUAGCCCCGUUGCUGUUUAUAGGCGGCCUCUUCUACCUGUUUUGUCUGCCCUCAUGGCCUCACCCCACUGAAGUUGAGGAGCAUGCGUUUGCUGCUGGGCAGCAUGCAGCAGCAAUCCGGAAGCCUGCGACUCCUUUUGCUGCUGCUGUUCUCUCACUGGCUUCAUUUGUCUACCUCAGACUCGAGGCAGCAGCAGCAGCAGCAGCAGCUGUUCCCGCUGCAGCAGCAGCGAACCAUGCUGCUGCUGCACCCUCGCCUUGCUUCUCUGGCCCCCUCAAGCCAUCUCGCUAUCCUUUCAUCUUUUUGCCAGAAAGCGGCUUACGCCCAAGGAUGCAGCAGCAGGAGCAGCAGCAGCAGCAGCUGCAGCAGCAGCAGUGCACAGAGCAGCAGGCGCCUGCUGCUCUGCGGGAGCUGCAUGCGCUGUUUGCUGCCCUGCAGCUUGAGUCUUCCUUGCAGCCAUUUUACCUGGUGGAGUGUUCAGAUGCUGCAGCAGCAGCAGGAGGCACUGCAGCAGGAGCAGCAGGAGCAGCAGCAGCUCCGCCAGCUGCUGCCACGCUGCACUUCAACUUUGUUGCAGUUGCCCGAAGCAGCAGAGGGGAUGGACAGGAAGCAAUUCUGUUUCCGUUUCUGUAUGACUUCAAUGACCCGAUUGCCGAGCCUCCAGCAGCAGCAGCAGCAGCAGCAACAGCAACAACGGAAGCAAGUGCAGCGGCACCCAAGGGGGGCGCAGCGGCAGCUGCAGCAUUUGCUGCUGUGAUGCAGCACCUGCUGAAAGCAGCAAACAUAAACGGCGCAGCAGAAGCCUCUGCCCCAGCAGCAGCGCUCAGCAGGCUUGCUGCUGCUGACUGGCUGCAGCUGCUGCAGCAGCUGCCGCCGCUAGACGGGCUUAUGCAAGGAAUGAAGCAAGAGGGCGUGCGGGUGUCUGCUCGAGUUGCUGCUGCUGCUGCUGCUGCACUUACUGUACAGCUGCAGCAGCACUCUCCGUGGCUAGCCAAGGACGUCAUCAUUGUUGUCGCAGAUAGGCAGCUGCCUUAUGCUGCAGGCCUGCGUGCGUUUGCUGAGUACUACUUCAGGGGGGCCUCUGGGGGCCUCCGGCAACCCCCAGGGGGGGGCCCCUGGGGGCCCCCAGUUCCUGUGCAUGUGGGUACUGUGCUGGAGCUGAGCGGCUACGCCCCUCUAGACGCUGCGAUUCCUGCAGCAGCAGCAGCAGCAGCAGCAGCAGAAGCAGAAGCAGCAGCGGCGUUUCGAGGGGAAACAGAUAGGAUCGAGGCAGACACAGAAGAAGCAGCAGCAGCGGCAGCAGCUGCUGCCAAUGCUGCUUCGCUCUCAGCAGGCGCCCGCUGGACGGACCCGCAUGUGCUUCCACGCAAGCUGACGCUACAGCAGCUGGCGCCGCUGCAGCUGUUGCUGCAGCAGCAGCAGGAGCAGCAGGGGCAGCAGCAGCAGCACCAGCACCGUAUUCGUGGCGACUCAGUGCUGCCCGACUUCGGCUCUUUAAGCUUUGUCCAUCUUGACUUUGAAGGUGCCGACGGGCAGCUAGCGAACGAAGACAUAGCAAAUGUUUUGCUGAUGGAGGCUCGCAGCGAAGCCAUUCCCUUGACUUUACGCAGCUUUUGGGAACAAGCUUGGCGGCCCGCGAUUGGCGCGGGGGCCCACACUUCUGUGGAGCCCCUUUUGCGGGAAGGCAUAAACGCUGCAGCAGCAGUUGUGCACCCGAGUUUGCCUGGCGGCUCUUCUUCGAUUUCUUGGGCUGCGCUGCUCGCGAUGAUGGAGCGCAUGGCUCACUCCUGCAGCAAUGUUGAAUCUUCUUUGUUUCGCUCAUUUGCAAGUUACUUUUUCAUCAGCAGAAAUACUCAUGUCUCAGGGGGCACUUUCAUUUUCAUCACGCCUCUUCUAGUCCUCUCUGUAGCCCUCCCACUGCUGGCUUCUCGCGUGGUCUCCGAUUUCCGCAUCUUCGUCAUCGGCAUAUUGAGUGUUGCUGCAGCAGUUGCUGCUGCACUUCCUGUCUAUCUUGCUGCAACUUCUGAUAAGUUUGGCCUCUUCUUAUUCGGCAAAUCUGCUGCCCCUCUCUGCACCCAGUGGGACCCGCGUGACCUUGUAGCUUACGCACAGAAAGCCGCCAUUUGGCUGUACCUUGCAGUUCCUGCUUACAUACUGCUGCUGGUGUUGCUGGUCUACUUUGCUCGCCGCGUUCGGCGCAUGCAGCUCCAAGCGGGAGAGCACGAGUCGCAGCAAAGCGACCCUGGCGCUCUCUUUGUCGCGCCCAGUACACCUGAACGGAUCAAAGCAGCAACAUAUGCGGAAAUAUUCGACAAGGCAACAAAUACAGCAGAAGCAGCAGCAGCAGCAGGAGUCCCACGCGGCGCAGCUGCAGAUGCUGCAGCAGGAGCAGCAGCAGACUCAGCAGCAGCAGACGCGGCGUCAAGCGCUGCAGCAGUACGCUCGAGUCCGGAAGCAGCGGAUGCUGACGGCGCUGCAGAUCAGCUGAGCCCGCAGCAGCAAGCACAGCAGCAGAAAGAGCAGCAGCAGCAGGAGGAGCUGCAACAGCAAAUCCAGAUGGAAGCAGCAAACGUGAUUCUGGACAAUUGGCUGCCACCUUCUGUUCCUCCGCCGCCAUGCAAUGUGUCCCUGUCUUGGCUGCUGGGAGUGCUGCUGCUGCCGCCGCUGCAACUGCUGCAGCCCUUUUUGGCGGGCUCCGCCAGCAAGUGCCAGCAGCAGCGGAUGCAGCAGCAGCAGCAGCAGCAGCAGCAGCAAGAAAAAACAAAGUCUAAGGCAGACGCGGAUAUUGAGAUGGACGACAUCCACAAGAUAAGAGGCGAUGCUGCUAAUAUGCUGGAGCAGCAGCAGCAGCAGCAAAAGCGAACUCGCCGGUGGCUGCUGCUCAGAAAGGCAGCACUGCUGCUUUCCGUGCUGCUGCUUGUGUUGCUGUUCACAGACUUCACGCCGCUGUCGCCAGUGCGGCAACGUCUGUUUGAAGUUGCAACAGAUUACGCUAAGGAAAGUGCCGCUGCUCUCAGCAGCAGCAAGUACCCGACCCCGGAACUGCUGCUGCAGUGGCUUGGGUCGGGGGUGCUGCAGCAGCAGCAGCUGCAGCAGCACCACAUGCCUUUCAAUGCAGAAGCUGCUGCUGCUGCUGCUGGUGACGCCUUUGCACCCGCACUUACUGGAUCUGCUGCAGUUCCUGCAGCUUGGAGCGACUGGCAGCAGCAGCAGCAGCAGCAUCGGCAGCAGCUGCAGCUGAUGAAGCUGCCUCUCGACUGGCAGCUGCUGCCCAAGCACCCCAACAGCUUGCUGCUGCUGCUGUACGGCCUAGGGCGCGAUGCUGUAUGCAUCGGCAGCAGCACUUUUGCAUUAUUUGUUUUUGGUUUGCUGCCUCUUGCUGUUCUUUUCUUCUUUGUGCUUCUGUUUCUUCCUUCGUGA